GCUGACGCUGCUGAAGCGUUUCGAGCCGGGCCUUCUCAGCAAGGGCCUGGGCAAAGGAGAUCGAAAAGGGGAGGACACCAGGAGGCCACCAUCCGCCGCGGAGGCUGCGGCGUUUGGACUGCCAGGUGCAUCUGACAGAGGGCCGUUAGCAUUCGGGAAGCCCCUCGUGAAGCUUUCGCGAGGUCCCUGGCCCUCCAUAGAUGCUGCGCCAUGGCCUUUUCCAGACAUCACCGGGUCCCUUCCAGAUGCAGGCGAUGUCGUCCGCGGUUUCAUCAAUCUGUUCGUGAGCUUUGGACUUUCGAGCUACACAUCUGAGGGACUCCCUCCGAACGCCAUGGCGCCAAGCAAGAAGAGGCCAGCUGCGCAGUCAAGUGGCCUCCGCAAGAAGCCUGCAGCAAGGCAUGUGGACACGGAAGAGGAGGAGGAUGAAGAGGAGGAGCUAGGAGACGAAGGGGAGGAAGAAGAGGAAGAAGAAGAAGAAGCGGACGACGAGGAAGCAGAGGAGGAGGACGACGAAGAGGACGUCACCGUGCGCAAAAAGCCAGCUUCCAAGGAUGAGACGCCGAAGAGCCGGUCCAUGAAGGCUCCCCCAAGCAAAAGGGAGGCCAAGGCAGCCCUCCGAGAGGCCGUCAAGAAGAAGAAGACCGUGGAUCGAUUGAAGAAGGAGAUCAAGCCCCUGGCACAGAAGCUCAAGGAGAAGCGGGAGGAGCUACGACUUGCAGAUCAGGAGUUGGAGAAGCUGAAUGCAGCCGCUAACAAGCUGGGAAGAGCCAUAGAGAAAGAAACCAAAGCAAAGGAGCUCAGACGGAAGAAGCGUGCCCGGGUCAUCAAGAAGAAUGCCGGCGAGCGGGUGCGGAGCUUGCGGGAGAAGCUAAAUGAAGCCAAGGCAGACAUAGCAAAGUUUAAACUUGCAGAGGCUCAGGCGAAGAAGAAGCUCUCUACAGCUCAGAAGGAGUACAAGCAGCUCCAAUCCAAAGGAGAUCAGUACAGCCACCAUGGCUUCAGUGCCAAGCGUGCCGUAGAGGCUGCCAAGGGAGACUUCGAGAAGGCCAAGCUCGGCUUGGCGCACUCCUCGGAGAGCUUCGAGAAGUGCCAGGAGCAGCUGAAGACUGCGCAAGAGAAGAUCUCGCUGAUCAAGGAGAAGUCGCAGAAGCCCAGUGCCAGUGGUUCCACCAGCGCUGGUGGGAAGGUGAUGAAGCGUCCAGCGGGGCGAACAGGAUAG